UACAGUCCCUAUCGCAGGGUGGGGGAGCUGUGUGGGAGAGGAGCACAGAUUCCGUCUAACGGAGAAGCACGGAAAGGGAAACGGGCGAGAAACAUGAGUCGAAAUCGCCCUUGUGAAGGUUUCCACCUUGAAGGAAUAAAACUUCUCCCCCGAUUGUAGGAAGGACGAGGAAAGGAGGACAUUAAUGUGAGAAAGAGAGCGGAAGCAGACGGAAGAAGAGGCGCGUCAAAGGCGUCUGACAGCCAGCUCAGGAACUUCGCUGGAUUUGGUUUCUUUACUUUACUUUAAGACGAGUCUCGACUCUUGGCUCCGUAGAUGUUCACGCGGUGUCUGUGAUUGUAUAUGUCAGUGGCGGACCUGUUCCUGGACCGAGUGGUGCUUUGGUAAACAGAAGGCACCAUCGCAGUUUGGAAGUACAAUGCAGGCCGUCAGCGGCUUGAUCUAUGUAUGUGGCCACCGCGGGGACAAGCCCACGUACUGGAUCUAAACUUUGUCUCCCAGCUUCGCCGAGUUCCUCUCGGCCCGGGACUGUGGAUAUAUCCAGUUAGGAGGGACUUUCUGUGGACCUGCGCUGUAAAUCAACACGUUGCAGUGGGAUUGCUUUGUUUACAUGCGUGUGUGCAGCAGAGACGACGGCCUGCGUAGUGUAUGGGGAUUACGUUGUUGACUCGUCUAAAGGGGCUCCUUCUCACCCUGGCACAGGCACGCCACCUUCAGCUGUAGGCGGCUGAAGGGGAGCUGAGUGACCGCAACACACAGUGGAGCUCUGGCUGUGCAGGCUCUGUGACAUCGCUCUGCGUGUGUGUGUGUGUGUGUGAGUGUGUGUGUGUCUUUGUGUGUCACUGGAUUAAUCUGAGUGGUAACAUCACUCCACACUGCCCGACUCUGUCCAGUGACGAGUCCCCCAGAAAGCGCCAGUAAUUGGAGCUAUUUUUAGAGUAAGGCAUGGGGUAAAAGCGGGCAGCUGGAAACCCAACUCCCCCUCCACCUCCUUCUCUGCCACCCCUGCUAACACACUACCUCGCUCUGCCCACACGGAGGGCAGUAUGCUGGGCGAGCCUGGUUAGCACAGACUUACCUUGUGGCUAGUUACUGUGUUUUGCUAGGGGUCUGGACGAAAAACACACAUUGGAUGAACUUGUUCUGCUGAUUGAUAUGAGAUCUGUUGGAACCAUAAAUUGACCUGGGAAUACUACCUGCACUAUAUUCUAAAGUUAGGGCUGCACUGGACACAACAACCCGGUACUGGAUUACUACUAAGAUGUCUGAACAAAUAUUAGCUGUGUACUUUUGGUUCAACCUAUCAUAAGCAAGUAGAGUCUAUCCUUGUAGCCCUUGGACAUUUAGCUCAAACUCUUAAUCUGAGUAGCCACUCGUUACCAUACUGAAGUAGAAGAAAGGCCUACUUUUGACUACUUAAAGUAUCAGUCACCAGCGAUCUGGAGCGGUACAAACCUCCAGCACACAGAAAGAAUGCACGAAACUGCCGAAAUCAACGAAACAAAAAGCUAACCUGAUUUACCAAAUAUUCUAUUCCCCCUGAACCCACAGAGCAACAGAAUAUAUAUGUAGAAUGAGAGAUCUAUAUCUAUAGUGUAACUCCACAGAAGAUUACAUCCUUUAUAUUUUUACUUCAGAGAGACAAGCUGCCUGUACACCAGUUGGUUGCCUUAGAAACCACAGUCACAAAAAAGAGAAAAGAAACAAGCCAGAGAAGACGGUGCCUUUUGAUUGGUUGGUUGGUUUCCCACCAUUUCAAGAUUAAUUGAUUUAGUUGGAUGUAAACUGUUUGAAGUGAACUCUGGGAUUGAAAACACGCCUCAUGACAGGCUAAACCCCUACAAGCUCCGCCCACUUGCCAAUUAAGUGUUGUGAUUGGCCAUAUCUUCCCUGCUGGAUUGAACAAUUACCGAGCAUUUCCAUGGUGAUCACGUCAUCAUCCGCGGAGGACAAGACUGUGCCCCCUUGCAGGAUGGUCCAAACAGAACCCUGGAUCAGCUCUGCCCUGCUGCGCAAGAAUAAGAGUGUAAGCAGCUCAGGAUGUCCGCCCACCUCCUCCUCCUCCUCCUCCUCCUCCUCCUCCUCCUCCACUGCCCAGGGCUUCUUCCUCGCUGAGCCAGCCAUGACCAGCCAGCACACACAUACACACCCCUCCUUCAGCUCCAUCCACUCCAUGGCCGAGCAGCAGCAGGUGCUGUCUGAUAUGACCAUACUCCAGCGGAGGAUCCCCCCUAGUUUCAGAGACCCUGCCAGCGCCCCACUGAGGAAACUCUCUGUUGACCUCAUCAAAACUUACAAGCACAUCAAUGAGGUGUACUAUACUAAGAAGAAGCGACGGGCCCAGCAGGUCCCCCCAGAGGACAGCACCACCAAGAAGGAGAGGAAAGUCUACAAUGAUGGCUAUGACGACGACAACUAUGACUACAUUGUCAAAAAUGGAGAAAAGUGGCUGGACCGCUAUGAGAUAGACUCGCUGAUCGGGAAAGGCUCCUUCGGACAGGUGGUGAAGGCCUACGACCACCAUGAGCAGGAAUGGGUUGCCAUUAAGAUCAUCAAGAACAAAAAGGCAUUUCUAAACCAGGCACAGAUUGAACUACGCCUGCUGGAGCUCAUGAACAAGCAUGACACUGAGAUGAAAUAUUACAUAGUCCACCUGAAGCGUCACUUUAUGUUUAGGAACCAUCUCUGUUUGGUGUUUGAGUUAUUGAGCUACAACCUGUACGAUCUGCUGAGGAACACCAACUUCAGAGGAGUGUCCCUCAACCUCACCAGGAAGUUUGCACAGCAGCUGUGUACAGCGUUAUUAUUUCUGGCCACUCCAGAGCUGUCAAUCAUCCACUGCGAUCUGAAACCAGAGAACAUCCUGCUGUGCAACCCCAAGAGAUCUGCCAUCAAGAUAGUCGACUUUGGCUCUUCCUGCCAGCUCGGACAGAGGAUCUACCAGUACAUCCAGAGCAGGUUUUAUCGCUCUCCUGAGGUUCUGUUGGGGAUGCCAUACGACCUGGCCAUCGACAUGUGGUCUCUGGGAUGCAUCCUAGUGGAGAUGCACACAGGAGAGCCUCUCUUCAGCGGCUCCAAUGAGGUUGACCAGAUGAAUAAGAUAGUGGAGGUUCUGGGGGUCCCGCCCAGCCACAUGCUGGAUGCAGCUCCUAAAGCCAGGAAGUAUUUUGACAAGCUGUCAGAUGGCCUGUGGACAGUGAAGAAGAACAAGGACAUCAAGAAGAUCCUUGGCCCUGGACUCUUUGCCAUCACCAGUGUGGAAGCUGGCUCCCUAUUUCUUCGUCAUUAUCAUCAUCAUCAUACUCAUGGUCAUAUUUGUCUUCUUCCAGACCUGAUCCUGCGCAUGCUGGACUAUGACCCUAAAAGCCGCAUCACGCCAUUCUACGCCCUGCAGCACAAUUUCUUCAAGAAGACGACAGAUGAAGGAACCAACACCAGUUCAUCUACAUCCACCUCUCCUGCCAUGGACCACUCCCAUUCAACCUCCACUACUAGCUCUGUCUCUAGCUCUGGUGGCUCCAGUGGUUCUUCCAAUGACAACCGCAACUACCGCUACAGUAACCGCUACUACAACUCUGCUGUUACACAUUCGGAUUAUGAGAUGACCAGCCCUCAGGCUCCCUCCCAGCAGCAGAUGAGGAUGUGGCCCGGCAGUGAUGGUGGAGGUGGGGGUCAGGACCCAGCAUACACCCAGUUGCUGCUCCACAAGCCGGCUGCCUCCCAACAACACCAGCGCCACUUCCUGGACCCGCCCCACCACCCCCACCCCACCUACUCCCACCACGGGAACGGCGGGCGUGGCCUGCGGCAGGGCGGACAGACGGGCAUCGGUGGAGGGGGGGGCCAGCAGGGCUCCUCGCCCCAGAUGAGUGACAGCAUGGAUGUGGGCGUGUCCCUAGGGCUGCACCACCUGGGGGCGGUGUCUUCCAUGGAAGCCUCUCAGUUUGGCUCCGCCUCCCUGCCCCUCGCUUUGCCAAUCGGACUGUCUGCCUUCCGGACUCGGACGGCCCCCACCGCCCCAGGGCCACAAGCCCCGCCCCCUGAGGACUACUACCCUGCCUCCAACAACAAUAACCCGGCUGCGGCGGGCAGAGGGAGGCCGGACUCAGACGAGGGGCCCGCCAACUCUUGAUAAAACCUGAACCAUGCCCUAAAGCCAUACAAUUUUAACUACAACUACUACAACUACACACACACAGCCAGAGGUCAGAGGUCAGAGGUCAGAGACAAAGAGGCAAACUUUGUGCUGAAGGAGUUUGUACUGCAUGAGAGGAGGAGGAGCAGGAGGAGGAAUGCUGGGAAAACUCUCCUUUUAUCGGCUUUUUAGUUUGUUGUCUUUCGAUGCGACUGUAAUUGGAAAAGGAAUGAUUGUGACAAGUUUGUUUUUAUUAAUAUUAUUCUUCUUAUUGUUGUUGUUUAAUAUUAUUUGAUUUUUCUCGGGUUUGAGGAGUUGUGUGUUCUACUUGGUUGUUGUUUAAGCCUGGAGAGGAGGAGGAGGACGAAGAGGAAAGAGAGAGGAGCCAUGCUUCCCCCUGUGUCUCCAUGUGGUGGCAUCAGUGCAUCCAUAGUCAGUCCCUGGAGACGAGCAGUCUUAACACACACACACACACACACACACACACACACACACACAGCUGCAUCAAGCAGACAGAAGCUGGUUUCAAAGGGAGAAAGCCCCAACACGUGUGAUUCAGGACUCAUGGACUCUCUCUCGUCUGUUAAAGUCCUUUUCUUGGAGUCGGUGUCCUCGCUCUGACAGCGUACGGGGGAGGGGGGGCGGGGGGGCAGGGGGGAGGAGGCAGGACACUGACGCUCGUAGGGAUCUCCUCCUCCUCCUCCAGCUCUCCCUCCCCCGCUUCCUUCUUCCUCUCCUCCUCCUCCUAUGUUUCUCCUCCAGACAGCUCCUCCUCUCUGUGCUGCUAAUCACCAUGACAACUGGUCCGGAUUGCUGCUAAAGAUCCAACACAGAUCAAUAAAGAAAUAAAAAGAAAUAGAAACAGAAAUAAAAAAAAA